GCCAAGUCAAGCCCGUACUUUGCAUACACGUACACUGAACACAUUUUAUUCUGUUUUCAUUAUUUGAAAAACUAAUGAGUCGUCAGUAACUUCAACUAUGUCUACUGACAAGACUAACAGGCCAGAGAAAUCGCACUGGAUCGACCAACUCAACCCCAGGGGUAACAAGUUGAACGCAGAUUCCACUAAGCAAAAUGGCGGGUGACAAGGACCCUCUGAAACAGUUGAAAGAUCUGACUCAGCUGAAGAACCAACUAGAGGAGAUCCAAAGGAGAGUGGAAAACGAAGUUGCUGUUGGAAUUCCUCAGGGAGGGUCUGUGUUGGGAUCUCCCUUUCUGAAGGGGUUUCUGGCUGGCUACGUGGUGGCCAGGCUGCGGUCCUCUGCCAUUCUAGGAGUACUGCUGGGAACAAUAACUGGCAUGUAUGCUGCACAGAACUAUCAAGUGCCCAAUAUUGAAAGGACAGUGAAAGAAUACUUAAACAACUUGAAAAAAGGACCAAAGUAAUUUGGA